UGUCCUUCACUCCAUGGAACACAACUACAGCAAUGAAAGUGUAAAGCGAGAAGGACACAGGUAUCGUAACCCAUCACUUGGAGUUUGCUGAGCGUCUGAGGAGGACGUUCGGCAGGUCAUGGAGCAGUUCGAUCCACACCAAAGGGAGAAGAUGAAGGCCUCCAUGAGUACGUUGGAGUACGAGACGAAAGAGGCAGAACUCCUCAUUAUGAAGGAGACUUACAGCAUAAAAGAGGAGACUCAAGACAUAAAAGAGGACACUCACGACUUAAAAGAGGACACUCACAACUUAAAAGAGGCCUUAGAGCAUAACAAAAAGGCCUUGAAGAAGAAGGAAGAGGCCUUGAAGGAGAAGGAAGAGGCCAGACUCCUCAUUAUGAAGGAGGCUGACAGCGAAAGAGAGGAGACUCAUGACUUAAAAGAGGCCUUGAAGGAGAAGGAAGAGGCCUUGAAGGAGAAGGAAAAUGCCUUACACCUCAUUAUGAAGGAGAAACAAAAGGCCUUACUCCUCUUAUUGAAGGAGACUGACAGCAUAAGAGAGGAGACUCGCGACAUAAAAGAGGAGACUCACGACUUAAAAGAGGUCUUGAAAGAGAAGAAAGUGGCCUUGAAGGAGAAGAAAGUGGCCUUGAAGAAGAAGAAAGAGGCCUUGAAGGAGAAGGAAGAGGCCUUACACCUCAUUAAGAAGGAGACUGACACGACAUAAAAGAGAAUCAUGCCAUUUAUUUUGGCCGUACACGCUCUUUCAGCUCAGUGAUCAGAUGAAUGCUUAGUCAGUAGAAAAAUGAUGGCUGGCAAAUCCACUUCCACAAUACACCUCUGAAGAAUUGUACAUCCAACUGUUAUGUGCAAAUACUGUAAAUGACAUGGAGUUAAAGAGAAACUUUCCUGGAUGACAUUCUCAGAAUAAAAGUGUAUUUGUGUAAGCUAACUUCCAUUUUGCAAGAGAGUAAUCACCUGUGAUUAAUCAGAUUUGUUUUUAAAUCAUUUGACAGCUCUACAAAAAACAUUGACAUGCAAAUCCAACUUUCCUCUGCUGACGGUGGGCCCUGAAGGCAUCCUUGGUGCAGCCAGCGCCAUCCAACAUCCCACUGAUUGUGAAAGACAAAGAAUCUGAGUUUUAAGGAGAAUGCAUACAUGUUUAAGAGUUCUUUCUUUAACAAUAGUCAUGUUUAAAGCAGCUAGUAUUUUUCCAUUUAUACACUGUAUACUUGUCUCUCUUUGUCUGCAGACGUCUGUGUAGUGUCUUGAGGGGUUGGAAUGUGGGAGUUGGAGUGCCCCCUUUUUGUCUUAUCUAUUAGAACAAUGAGGCUGUAUUCCUUUCUGGACAGGGUGGGUGCUGUUUUCCUAUUCAAUAAGUUGUCUCUUCCUGUUAGAAUGUUAGACCAUUUCGAGAUGCCGGUAUGACCGCAUUGGUGUGGGCUGGUCUCCUAAAGCUUUAGUAAAACUUGAUAAUAUUCCUAUUCUGUC